CCCCCCCCCGCGGGUUCUUCGCUGCGAAGAAAAUGGCGGCGGCGGCGCCGAGCGGCGACGAGGGGCGGCUGGAGGAGCAAUCCGAGGAGAACCUGCAGCGGCCGCCCAAGGCCAAGAAGCCCAAGAAGGAGCGCAAGGAGCCGGAGCAGCCCGCGGCCGAGCCCGCCGAGGCCGGCAAGGCCGAGAGCUCGGAGGGCGCCGGGGCGGCGCCGGCGGCGCCGGAGGCGUCGGCGUCGCCGAAGCAGCGGCGCUCCAUCAUCCGCGACCGCGGGCCCAUGUACGACGACCCCACGCUGCCCGAGGGCUGGACGCGCAAGCUCAAGCAGCGCAAGUCCGGCCGCUCGGCCGGCAAGUACGACGUCUACCUGAUCAACCCGCAGGGAAAAGCCUUCCGCUCCAAGGUGGAGCUGAUCGCCUACUUCGAGAAGGUGGGGGACACCUCGCUGGACCCCAACGACUUCGACUUCACCGUCACCGGCCGGGGCAGCCCCUCGCGCCGCGAGCAGCGCCCGCCCAAGAAGCCCAAAUCGCCCAAAGGCCCCGGCACCGGCCGCGGCCGGGGGCGGCCCAAGGGCAGCGGCGGCGGAGGCGGCAGCGCCCGGCCCAAGGCGGCCGCCGCCGUGUCCGAGGGCGGCUCUGCGGCCAAACGCGCUCUGGAGAAGCCCCCCGGCAAGCUGCUGGUGAAGAUGCCGUUCGCCCCCGGGCCAGCCGGGCCCCGCGGCCCCGCCGGCCCGCGGCGGCCGGGCCGCAAGCGCCGGGCCGAGCCGGACAGCCCGGCCGUGCCCAAGAAACGCGGGCGCAAACCGGCGGGGGCGGCGGGGCCGGGGGGGGCCGGGCGGGCCCCCGACAAGAAGGCGGCGACUCCCCCGGCCGUGCAGGAGACCGUGCUGCCCAUCAAGAAGAGGAAGACGAGGGAGACGGUGGUGGUGGAACCGGUGACGAUGGCGGCCACCGCGACGGCCACCACGACGACGACGACGCCGCGGCCGCCGCCGACCCCGCCCGGCCCCCCGCGGCCCCCGCAGCGCCCGCAGCCCCGGCCGGCGCAGCAAGGAGGGCAGCCCCAAGGGGCGGGGGGCUCCCCCCGCGCCCCCCCCCCGCCGCCGCCGCCGCCGGAGCCCCCCCCAGAGCAGCCCCAAGGACAGCGCCAGCCCCCCCCCCCCCGCCGCCCCCCAGCCGCCGCCGCCGCCGCCCCCCCAGGACUUGAGCGGGUGCUCGGAGCAGAGGGGGGGGGUCCCGCGGCCCCCGACGGCUGCGCCAAGGAGCCCCCUAAGACUCAGCCCCCGCCGCCGCCGCUGCCGCCGUCGCCGCCCUUCAAACACCGAGGGGAGCCCGAGCACAAAGACUCUGCCUCCUCUUCCUCCACCUCCUCCUCUUCCUCCUCUUCAUCCUCCUCCUCGUCGUCCUCGUCGGCGCCGCCGCCGCCCCCCGCCCCCCCCCCAGCGUGGCCGUGCCGCGGCCCCCGGCCCGCGAGGAGCCGGUGGACACGCGGACGCCCUGUGCCCGAGCGGGGUCAGCUGACUGUGUCCCCCCGCCCUUUCCCCCCCUCCCCCAGCCCUCGGGAGUGCCCUGGGAGUUGUGACGUCACACCACGGUGCCAUUCGCGCUUACGACGUCAUCACCACGAUGACGUCAUCGCGAGCUAG